UGGGACUGGGAGAGUGUGUCCGCUCCUUCCCUCCCGGAGUGGCUGUUUUCCUUAAUUCUGGAGAGGCCCUCCCCAGCACCCUGCCCCGCCACUCUCGCUUGAGUCUCGCUUCACCGUAGAACUCUCUGAGCUUCAAGAGGACGACACUAACCCUCAGUCGGCGCUGUCAGGAAAACAAGAAUAAGGAAAUCAGGAACAGCAGACUUAGACGAGUUGUGAUGCUGAGGUACACGGUGGGUACCCAUGGCUGCACCGUUUACUACGAACCCAUAAACCGCGUGUAAACUAUCCUCAGUGAAACACCACUGGCUGGUAACCUCCCAGGGGCUCUGGCUACCGUCUGAACAUACCCGUAUGAAAUGUUCCAUCAUGGCAGAGCUUUUCUUGACCAUCCUGAGCUGGAAGACACACUGAGGCAGCAACAUUUCAGCGAGAGUGGGUGUGUGUGGAAAUCUGGACAACUUGUAUUCAUUCAACAACAUCCGGCAACAUCAUUUCCUAAGCAGGAAAUGAAUUAAAGUCCCCACUCGUGGCUCAGCAGUUAAGAGAGCACACUGGGGGCCAGAGGUAAUGUCUCAGAGCCUAAAAACACUUGCCCCUCUUGCAAGGGUCCCAAAUUAGUUCUCAGCACCCAUGGAAGUGUGCUAGUUGGCUGGGCGCAAUCUGUUUGCUCUACACAGAUGAAAAAAAAAAAAACUGGGCAUAGUCAAAGAGAAGCUCUUCAAGUGCUCGCUUUCAUUUUUCUUCAUGUUUGGCCUCAAUGAGAGAUGGCAGCUGGCUCCCCCUAGUAUUAGGGGCCUGGAGGCAUUGAGACCCUUAGCCCUAAAAAUAGUCAAGCUCUUGUGUAGGUCAGGCAUCCUCAGCAGUCCCUGUGGCUUCCACCAGGAAGGCCUAGGGUACUGUUGGGACUCCAGCCCUCGAAAGCUUUAAAGUUUUUGUGUAGACCUUAGCUCUUACUGACAGCCAGUGUUAAAAUUCUCGGCUGAGGGUUGAGACCUCUUGGCUCUCUGGAACUCUUUUGGUAUCCAGAGCUGCAGCAGAUCUCUUCUCUGGUUUAGUCAUUUAUCCUCAUUCAGUCUCAGUUCUUGCCCUCUGCUGAUGCCUUGGCUACUGCUUCUUUCGGCGAUCACAAAGCUGACUGGCCUGGCCUUUUGCAGCUUGGCCUGCUGACUGCUCUGCUCUCACUGCCACGGCCUCUCAGCUGCCUCCUCAUGAUACCAGCUCAGCCCACAUUCCUGACAGUAGGCAAGAAGAGUCUCGAGAGAAGACUUUUGCUGAACCUAAAGCUGCAAGGGAAAGGGAAGCAGCACAAAAUAGUCUGUCCCAAAGAGAAUCGAAGCUUUCAAAGCCUGAAAAGGGGCUCUUCCUCCAAUCACAGCCUUUGCACCAGCCUCGGCAGUUCCUCAGGAAGCUGACUCAGCUGGGCAAAGAAAACCAUUCUUCGAGAGGCUCCGUAGACUAGAAGAGCAGUUUCGGAGAUUCCAACAGGUGACCCUAACACACCUGCAGGACAUUGCCAACAACUACAAUGUGUGCUACAAUAUGGAUACCCGCUUCCAGAACCUGGCGGAAGAGAACCAAGCCACAGCUCUAGCGGUAAACCAGUCUCAAGCUGCCAUACAAGGGGAUGUGGCCCACCUAAAGACCUGGUUUAGGAAGAGCCAGCGCAGGAGCCGGAAGAUGGACACCCGGCUCCAAGCCUUGGACCUCUCCCUGAGCACAAAGAGCAGGCAGUGGGUGGAGGUGGAAAAGGAGCAAAAGGCACAGAAGGAGGCUAUUGCAAGCCUGGCCCUGAGCAUGACGGCCCUACAGGACGCUCUGACCAGCCUGACACAGGAAGUCCAUAACCAGGAUGCCAGGCUUGCUGCUCUUGAGGGCCAGAAGCAGAGGGCCUCUUCUAGCACUGCAGUCCUGGGACUGACGACAGCACCCACCCCCAACCUUGCUCAGCGAGGCUCAGGUCCCUUGCAACUGUGGAGGGACAGCCAGGCAUCCAGGCCUUCACCCCAGCACAGGAGUUCCCCCCAAGACUUCACUGUCCAUGUCCAGGAGAUGCAGAAGUUCCAAGCCCCAAGCAGCCAUCAAGUAGCUCCACCAAGGACCCACCAAGAACCAGGAAACAUUUGCAGCAUGGGCCCAGUACUAAUUUUUCCCAACACCUCCACUGAAAAUGUGAUCUUUCUUAGCCCCGGCUUCCUCGUGCCCCUACGAGCCCUGUCCUUCUGUAGUUGGGUCCGAGUGGCCACCAGCCACCUGGGCACACUCCUUUCCUAUGCCACCCAAGACAACGACAACAAGCUAGUACUGCAUGGCCGAGACUCCUUGGUCCCCGGCUCCAUCCACUUUGUGAUUGGUGACCCGGUCUUCAGGGAACUGUCCCUGCAACCACUACUGGAUGGUCAGUGGCACCACAUUUGUAUCAUCUGGACAUCCAUGGAGGGCAAGUACCGGCUCCACAUAGACAGAAGGACAGUCGCCACUGGCUCCCACUUCAGAGAGGGCUAUGAGAUCCCUCCUGGAGGGUCCCUUGUGCUGGGCCAGGAACAAGACACUAUGGGGGGCGAGUUUGACAGCUCUGAGGCCUUUGUAGGGAGCAUAUCUGGACUGGCCAUCUGGGACCGGGCAUUGGUCCCAAGAGAAGUUGCAAACUUGGCUACUGGGAAAGAGUUCCCGACGGGUGCCAUCUUGACACUGACCAAUGUCACGUCAGUGGGUGGAUUCGUGCAGACAGCCAAAUGUACCUGCCUGGAGCAAUGUCCAUAAUGCUGCCAUGCAUGGGCUGCAGCACAGUCAAGGCCAUCAGGAAGAGCAAGCCUCCAUAUCAACACAUCCCACAACGCCCUGCCGCCACUGCUGGGCUGUGUGCACCUGAGCUCGAAUGUGGGCACCUCCUGCAUGGAGACUGGCAGCAGAUGGAAAACGUACAUUGGAGAAAGAGAGGGCCCCAGACUACAACUUUCCAUUGUUGCGCAACUCCUGUUUUGAUUUUUUUUUUUUUUUUUUUUUUUUUUUUUUUUUUUUUUUUUGGUCUUGUUUGAAUGUUGUUUUCUGAGACAGGGUCUCAUACUGUGCUUAGUGGCUGAGAAAUUACUCUGUAUCCCAGGCUGGCCCCAAACUCAGAGCAAUCUGCCCCAGAUGCGACUCCUACCCCCUCUCUUUGACAUAUUCUCACUAUGUAGGUCAGAUUAGCUUGAAUUCAUGAUCCUCCAGCCUCUUGAGUGCCAAGACACCUGGCUUUCACAUCCCAGUGACUUCUUCCUCCUCUGCUUCUUUUUUCGCUUUUUGAGACAGGGUUUCUCUGUGUAGCACUGGCUGUCCUGGACUCACUUUGUAGACCAGACUGACCUCAAACUCACAGAGAUUCACCUGCCUCUGCCUCUGGGAGUGCUGGGAUUAAAGGCCUACUUCACCACCUCCUGGCUUCACAGUGACAUUUUUACAAGAUGCACCUUCAUUCAUUUGUAAUAUGCUAUUCUUUUACCCCAGCUGAGCUGGCAGCAGCAACGUUGGGCUUAUGUGGGCUUCCUUCUGAGGCACCUCUGCAGCCAUCAAAGUGGCUCCUCAGACAGAGGAGAGGCCAUUUCCUGGGACCCUUGUGAAACUACAUGAAGUACUUUUACCAUAGUUGUCUACUUCCCAAAGGUUCACUGAAGUUUUCCUGUGAACAUGGCUAUUCCAACAUCCCUCUCAUGAAAAAGGCUCAACAGUCUGUUCCCCCACAUCCCCCCGCAACUCCCUCUCUCUCCCUUUCCCAGGAGCCCUGGGGAUUUCCUGAACCUCAGCUGGUUAUUAUUGUUCUGUUGUCCUGUAGUAUCUGUUGAGACUGCUAGAACUGCCACUAAAGACACCCUAGUGAUGCUUUACAACAUAAUUUACCAGGCAUAAUUUUCAUAUUAUAAUAUGUGCCAUUCUAAAAGUUGUUUUUUAAUAUUUUAAUAAAAGUGCUAAGCUGUGCAAUCAUUGCAAUCUAU